UCGCGUGUGUUUCUUUGAAAUUUUCAAUUGCGCGUCGCGCGCACGCUCCGUGGCACGCUACGUGCGAGCAUCACGUGCGACGCGAGGCGCGGUUUUUGACGUGAGGUACCUCACUCGGAAUUUUUGAGAUCCGAGUUGAGGUCCAUUUAGAAAACAUUCGUUCCACGUGGAGACAACGUGAGCAUGGGUUGUCAUCGAACGAGCCCGUUGAGCAAUUUUUGCUUGAUGUCGCUUGAUGUCGCUGAUUUAAUGGCGCAAUGAAAUCUCGAACACGCGGAAGGAACGUUACCUUGCGAACAAAGUAGUCUAUCAUGCAGCUUUCCUGGUUUCACUCGCGACGUUAAAACUUCUCGAUGAAAAUAUAUAAAACUUAUUUUCUCAAUUCGGACAAUUUCUUUGCGAUCUCAUCCAAUUCAGAACGAAUCAGGGUCACUCGCGAGGUCAAUUACGAGUUCAACAGGAGCGAGACGUUGUUGGGUCGAGAUGACUUUUAGAUGACAACGGUGACUUAGAAAGUUUUACGAUCACGCGUUGACAAAGUUGUGCACGAAAUUUGACAAUUUCUCGAAGAGACUCGGGCGAUAAAAGUGCGACACAUCGAAGGACGUGAAAUGUAACGUUUAGCGUAGUCUUCCUGUCUGAAGCGUCGCGUCCAAUUACGCUAGUGCACUUUACUCUACAGGUGGUUAUUAGGUCCUUGAAAGAAAACGUGAAACGUUCAAUUCAUCCUCGGUUUUGAAAGCCGCGUGAUUGACACCGCAUAAUUAAUUCUCAGAAUAAAUCUGUUUUCUGAUAUUAUUGUUGAUAUAAGUUGAAAAAGGGACACUAACAAAUAGUAUUUUAUAAAUAAAGUAAUGCUGCGCGUGUGAUAAUUACGCAGCAGUAUUAAUUUUCUCGGUGAUCCGCUUUUAACGUGAGGAUUUCCGUAAGACUGUUAUCUGUUAAAUUGCAUUCCACGAUGUGGUGUUAAAUAAGAAGUUCUUGAUCAUUUUUGGUUAGUCACAGUAUCGGGCUGGAAAAACCAACUUGUUGCAGAGAAAUAUUAUUUCAUGAUCUCUCAAGUGACAUGAAAAGAUUAGCUCGCUGUAAACACACUAACUGCUCUAUAUUCUGGUACUCAUGUGAUGUCAACACGAAGUAAGAUGAUGAAAUCAGUUGCGAAACACAGAUUGAGCAAACAUGAUGAGAAAACAUAGUUGUAACAUUGAAUAAACAUCAUAUACAUACAAUGGAGACACCUCAGGAGCACAAAGAUGCUGAACAUUGUACUCGAGUGAUGUCUCGUCUCUCUAUGGAGGAAUCAGAAUGUACGAGGCCGCGAAGUAAGGGUGAAACCAGAGGCCAGAGAUCUACUGGUCUCACACACGAGUGCGGUGUUUUCGGAUGUAUCGCUGCUGGUGACUGGCCAUCGCACAUCGACGUUGCUCAAGUUAUUUGUCUAGGUUUAGUGGCGUUGCAACACCGAGGUCAAGAGAGCGCGGGCAUCGUUACCAGCGAGGGGGUCUGCUCGAAGUCGUUCCACGUUCACAAGGGUAUGGGAAUGAUCAAUAAUAUCUUCAACGAUGAAAACAUGAGGAAGCUCAAAGGAAACCUUGGAAUCGGCCAUACGAGAUACAGCACAAGCGCGGCCAGCGAGGAAGUCAACUGCCAACCGUUUGUGGUGCACACCGCACACGGUGCACUGGCAGUUGCUCAUAAUGGGGAACUAGUGAACACGGAAUCGCUCAGAAAAAUGGUAUUAGGCCGAGGCGUUGGCCUGUCAACGCACUCGGAUUCGGAACUCAUAACACAAGCGCUCUGUUUGAAUCCCCCGGAGGGCGAAGUCAAUGGGCCGGACUGGCCCGCGCGUAUCAAACACCUCAUGCAGCUGGCGCCUUUAUCGUAUUCCCUGGUUAUCAUGCAGAGGGAUAAGAUUUACGGUGUACGUGAUCCUUACGGAAAUCGUCCUCUUUGUUUAGGAAAGAUCGUGCCGGUUGGCAAUCUAGCCAGCAACGAGUCCGACGAUGACGACGACGAGGCUGAAGGCUGGGUCAUUUCGUCCGAGUCCUGCGGAUUUUUGAGCAUCGGCGCGAGGUACGUUCGCGAGGUGUUUCCCGGCGAGAUCGUGGAACUGACUCGGGAGGGCAUCAAGACUAUCGACAUAGUAGAAAGGCCUAAUAAGAGGCCGCAGGCGUUUUGCAUCUUUGAGUACGUCUACUUCGCUAGAAGCGACAGUAUCUUCGAGGGUCAGAUGGUGUAUUCCGUUCGGAUGCAAUGUGGACGAGUUUUGGCAAUAGAAUCCCCGGUAGAGGCCGAUAUCGUAAGCUCUGUACCUGAGUCUGGGACCGCAGCGGCGCACGGCUACGCCAGACAAUCUAAGAUACCUUUCGCCGAAGUGCUAUGCAAGAAUCGAUACGUGGGUAGAACAUUUAUUCAGCCUAGCACGCGACUCAGGCAGCUCGGAGUAGCCAAGAAGUUCGGAGCUUUGUCGGAGAACGUGAAAGGGAAGAAGAUUGUUUUGAUCGACGAUUCUAUCGUCAGGGGCAAUACGAUUGGCCCGAUCAUCAAGCUGCUGCGUGACGCGGGUGCCAAGGAAGUGCACGUUAGAAUAGCGUCGCCACCGCUCAAGUACCCGUGUUACAUGGGGAUCAAUAUUCCAACGAGGGAGGAACUCAUCGCAAACAAGCUUGACAAUGUGAAACUGGCGAAACAUGUGGGGGCGGACAGUUUAACGUACCUUUCGGUGGAGGGGCUCGUCGAGGCGGUCAGGUAUCGCAUGGACAAUCGCGAGAGUAGUUAUGUCGGACAUUGCACUGCCUGUCUGACGGGGGAGUAUCCGGACGAGCUUCCCGGCGACCUCGAUUGGUGAGAACCAAUGCGCAGAGGGCGCAAUUUUUAUUCUAGAAACGGAACGGAAAAAUCGUGUUAAUUCGUGAAGGAGCAUUUCACGAAAUAUAAGAAUAAAAAGCUAGACUACUAAUGGAGGAUGAAUAUCAGUGUACCUGACUAUCAUGUGGUACCCAUGUAAAUGAAUAAAUAGAUUUAAAUCGAUCGAAUUCGCAUGCAAUUGGCUCGAUCCUUGAUUGAUAACAAAUUUAAUAUAUGAAAUAGCUAUAAGAUUGAUCUUAAGUCCUUUGUAAGAAGCAAAUUGUAAUUGAUUCAACUCAGUAUUUUAUAAUUACAUACAAUUUCGUACGAGAUGCAUAUAAUGUAAAAUGAAAAAUAAAAGAUCUUAUUUCUUCAUUCAAUUUAGGCAAGACGUUCAUAAUCUUUUCUGUAGUCGUACCAUGACAAUUGUUUUUACUUAGAAAAUAAAUUUAUUAAAGUUAAAAGCUU